CGUGCGUGCAAGGUGAGGCGUCUGCUCUUCUCGACAGAAGUCGGCAGCCAUCGGGCCCGAGUCGAUGGCAAUGAGCGUGUGGAGCUGGAAGGAGUCACGACGCUGGCCCUGGACCAACAGUCCAAAAUACCAUGCGUAUCGAAGUUAUAGACAUCAAUGGGAAGAACCAAAAAACCUUUGUUUCCAUGCACAUCACGCAGGUGGACAACAUUGCCGCCUACGGGGGAUUUUUGUACUGUCUUGACGACAAGACCGGACUGGAGACGAUCACUGUCAACGGAGAGCGUCGUUCCGUGGAGCUGCAACGCCUGCCGCAGUUCACCAACAUCAGUGCCGUGUGGACACCGGAUGCGAAAGUGCUGCGCAAUCACAUGGCACAGUCGCCCAAAUUGUUUCCACAUCUGCAUAGCCAGCGGGGUGUGACACGCAGUACUCACGACGUCUGCUCGUGCCCCAAGCAUCUGAUGCUACUGGAGGACAAGGAGAACUACGGCAUCUAUCCGGCCAGAUAAUUUUAACUGGCGGGAGUAGUGACAUGAACACCGACUGUAUAUCCGCCUGAUGGCGCUGUAACGAAAGGACUGCCGGCGUAUCGGUUCAGCUGAUAGUCAGGCGAGGGCUCUGGUCUGCGAUUGUACCACCUGUGACAACUGAGACAAUGGCAACGAUGAGGUCGACUGUUGCAAGCGGCCAGCAGACUUUCAGUGUCCCGUCAACAAGCUUUGCAUCGGCCGCCCUGCUCUGCGGUGGCCCUGCCUCGGAUAUUUUCGCGCACCGAACCAAAAAUCGAGCUUUAAUGAGUAAUAGAUAGAUGCAAUAGAGAACCUGCCGGAUAGUGCAUCUGAGGGGCAACGCGACCAAGCUGCGGAUGAAGAUGGAGCACACGAUUAUGGAUGAGUAUGCCAGGCUACCACUACCACAAUGCCUUCUACAAGGACCCAAGGUCCGAAGGCGACACCAGUUUAAGGUACGCGCUUGUCCCCAACGAACGAAUGACAAGUUGCUCAGUAUGCCAAAAGCGGAAGAGGAUGUUUCGCCCGAAGAGUUUAAGCAUGAAUAGGCAAAAAUGGGAAAGUUCUUUUUUCUGGUUACAUUCUACGCCUUUGCAAAGUACACGGACAAGGAAACGAAACCCAAACAAAUAAGCACGGAAGAAGUCAAGCCCGAUGGCAACACUGAAACGCCUUCUACAUGG